CGCCAGCCGAGGCGGGGUGGGGCAGUCCUGGUUGCCGCUGGCUCCCUGGCCGACCCGGAGCCAUGUUCGGCUCCAGCCGCGGCGGUGUCCGAGGUGGACAGGACCAGUUCAACUGGGAGGACGUGAAGACUGACAAGCAGAGAGAGAACUACUUGGGCAACUCGCUGAUGGCGCCUGUGGGCCGCUGGCAGAAGGGCCGCGACCUCACCUGGUACGCCAAAGGCCGCGCGCCGUGCGCGGGCCCAAGCCGUGAGGAGGAGUUGGCGGCUGUGCGAGAGGCGGAGCGCGAGGCGCUGCUGGCCGCACUCGGCUACAAGAACGUGAGGAGGCAGCCCACCGGCCUGAGCAAGGAGGACUUCGUGGAGAUCUGCAAGCGGGAGGGCGGAGACCCCGAGAAGGGCGUGGACCGGCUGCUGGGGCUGGGCAGCGCCAGUGGGUCCGCGGGCCGCAUGGCGCUGUCCCGGGAAGACAAGGAGGCCGCCAAGUUGGGGCUGUCAGUGUUCACGCACCAUCGCGUGGACAGGGGUGGGCCAGGGGCCGACGUAGCCACGGCAAAGAAGAAGCCACGCGCAGAAGACCAGGCUGAGUCGGGUACAGAGAGCAGUAAGAAAAGCAAGAAGGAAAAGAAGAAAAAGAAGAAACACAAGAAACAGAAGAAGAAGAAAGACAAAGAGCACCGGAAGGAGGCUAAUGCUUUAUCUCCAUCUCCAGAUCGGCCUGGCCGUUGCUGGCAGCAUGAUUCUGACUCCCCCUCCUCUUGCAGAAAGAGGCGGAAGCGGGGACACACUGGGGACAGUGGAAGGAGCCCAUCCCACAGACAGCAGAACAGAAGCUGUGAUACCUGAGGCUGCAGCUUAGCUGUGACAGCACAGCCCCUGCAGCCUCAAGCUAGAAUCUGGUGCACUGCUGCACAGUGAAGCCUAGACCUGUGGAUUGUGACUGCACCUACCUUCCUUAUCACCGGCUGGGUCUGCCUAGGGGAUCUCUUGUCUGGGUGAGCAGGCACCUGCUAGGUCUUGGGAGCCAACUGGCAGGCUCAGAUGGAGGUGAAGUCACUUGGUGGAGACUCCUCCAGGUCUUGGGCCUUGCCCUGCCAUGAGGCGCAUGCAGAGCUAACCAGGAGGUUCUGUCUUGUCCAUGGCUGCAAUGGUCUGGGUCUCCUGAGUCUUUAACUAUGAUCAGUUACUUUUCUUUCCCUAUCAACUCAUUUUAUACUUAAAUAAAUUUAUUUUA